GUAUGGUCCUUGUGCUGUAUUGAAUCCUCAUACUAAAGGACAUGAAACAUCACGACUUCAGCAGGAGGCUACUGGUGCUCUCUGUCCUUUCAACUAUCUUUGAUUCUCUUAAUGCGGUCGAAGUCUGUUCCAACACUAUUCUUCCAGGAUCUAAAGGAGACCUGGGUGAAGGGGGAGGCGAGGGAGACCAGGGACGGCUGGGAAAGACCGGCCCACCAGGACUACUAGGUGCUUCCUUUAUAUGUCUUUUAUUGGUGUUUAGACUGCAAUUUAUUACAUCUCAUAUGUCUUAUUCAGUCAUUUUAGGCAUUAAGGAAACGGAGGAGAAAUUUUACCUGAUUGUGAAAGAGGCCAGAAAGUACCGAGAGGCUCUGAUAAACUGUAAGCUGAGGGGCGGUAUGCUCGCCAUGCCCAAAACGACAGACACCAACACCCUGAUUGCAGACUACGUCACCCAGGCCGGCCUUACCCAGGUCUUCAUCGGGCUGCAGGCUGGGCAGAAGGGGGGAGGGCCUGUUUACGCAGACCUGACCCCAGUGAGGAACUAUACAGCCUGGGGCCUAGAGGAGCCAUCAGGGGCCCCUUCCAACACCAGUUGUGUGAAGAUGGUCAGCACAGGCACCUGGAAACAGGUGGAGUGUGACAUCACCAUGUACUACGUGUGCGAGUUCAAGAAGAGCAGGAGAGGUCUCGCCGCCGUGCUGUGAUGUCAUCAAGUCGGUGGAAGAUUGUUGACGUGGACAUUAGACCUUUAUGCUAAGACAGAAACCAGUAGUACUUUAACCUAUAGUGAAACAUGUAGCCUUAUAGUAACUAGACAAAGGUCAUUGAUAUAACCUAGCCUAUUGAUUUUAAUGAGAGAUAAAAGUUGGUAUCCAUUGGGGCCUCCCGAGUGGCGUAGCGGUCUAAGGCACCGCAUCGCUAGAGGUGUCACUACAGACACGGGUUUGAUCCCGGGCUGUAUCACAACCGGCCGUGACCGGGAGUCCCAUAGGGCGGUGCACAAUUGGCCCAGUGCCGUCCAGGUUAGAGGAGGGUUUGGCCAGGGGGCUAUACUUGGCUCAUCGCGCUCUAGCGCCUCCUUGUGGCGGGUCCGGGCGCCUGUAGACUGACCUCUGGUUGUCAGUUGAACAGUGUUUCCUGCAACACAUUGGUGCGGCUGACUUCUGGGUUAAGAGGGCGGGUGUUAAGAAGAAGCGUGGUUUGGCGGGUCAUGUUUCAGAGGACGCAUGACUCCACCUUCGCCUCCCGAACCCGUUGGAGAGUUGCAGUGAUGAGAUUAAAAUAUGGGGAGAAAAUGUUUUUUGUUGUUGUUUUUUAAAAGUUGGUUUCCCUUUUGACACUUAAGCCUUUUGUUUUUAAGGGGACAACAUAUAAAACCUUUCCCUUUCUGUAAUAAAACACCAUACAAAUCAACCA